AAUAUAAUAUAAUAAUAAUAAUUUUCAAUUAAAAAAAAACAGUAAAAAACGAGCUGAGAAUAUUACACACAGACAGUCUGUGUGUAAUAUUCUCCUGUCUGUGUGGCAGCGCCCUCCAGCGGCUCCACUUCACACUGCACCGUCAUUUAUUCGCUCUUACUUUCACACAAUCGACAAGAUACAGAAGUGUCACAGUGUGAGGCCGGAAACUUACAUUUAUUCAAAAUAAAAGCUUCCCCUAAAAAUGCCACCUGGGAAGGAUUUACCUUUGUAAUUAAUGAACCCUUUAUGAUUUGAAUUUGUCUGUUUCUUGCCGUAAUAUUUACUCAGAGUAAAGAAAAGGGCGUGUUGUGCUGUGUCAGUGAACAGCUCAUUAGUAUCAAUGAUGGAAUAACAAACCUUUUUUCUGAGGCUGUUUUGUUUAAUAACACUUUAUUUUGCAGGUUUCACAGUUUCCUGUUAUUUCAUAGAAUGGAACAGAUACAACUCUACAUUCAUGGAAAGGACUUUUAUUUUGUGUUAAUUAUAUGAAAAUGCAGAAAGUGUUUGAAUGAGAAACUUACGAGAAUUAAUUUCAAUUAAUUAAAUAACAAAAUAAUCAGUUCUUGACAAAAAUGACAAAAUCACACAAAGAGUGAAUCAAAUUAAAAAUAUUACUAUUAACAUCAUCAACAGAGAAAUAUGCGCAGUUAUUUGCCCCUUUAUUGUGAAAGGUCUGACCGGAAGUCUCUCCCCGUACAUAAGCCGUAGCUUCAGCUGGCGGUUGUCGGUCAGUCGGUGCCCGCCUGCUCCGUUACUCUCGGUUCGUGUCGGAGGUUUAGCGGCGGACUGUCCGGAGCUCAGAGACUCUUUGAUGGAGGAAACGUGAAGUUUUACCGGAGAGGACCGGAGGGAGGGGGAGAACUUUUCCCGCGGUGUAGCUGUUGCAGCGUGAUGCGUCGGGAUGGAGGAGGCGGAGCACACUCACUACGUCGCCCAGCUGAAGGCGGAGUUCGACAGCUGCGACACGACGGCCACCGGCUUCCUGGACAGAGACGAGCUGACGGCGCUCUGCCAGAAGUUGCAGUUGGACGCUCACCUGCCGCUGCUGCUGGACACACUGCUGGGCGAACGCACCUACGCCAGGGUGAACUUUGAGGAGUUUAAAGAAGGCUUUGUCGCCGUCCUGUCUCGCUCCCUGGACUUCAGCACAUCAGAGGACGACAGCAGCUACCUGGAGCCAGUCGUUCCAGAGGAGGUGAAGCCGAAGUUCGUGAAGGGGACCAAGCGCUACGGCCGACGCUCCCGUCCCGACAGUAAACAUGGCGCCGCGCUGACCUGCGACUCGGAGGACUCGCCACCGUCCAGGACCGAGGCCACGGACUCGUCACCGGCCGGCGUCCGCAGAGCCAAACUGAGGCGCUCCACGUCUCUGGAGAGCGUCGAGGCUGUGUCAGGUCCUGGUCCUGGUCUCAGGCUGUGUAAGGUCCUGGUCCUGGUCCUGGUCCUGGUCCUGGUCUCAGGCUGUGUCAGGCUGUUCGUUCCAGAGGAGGUGAAGCCGAAGUUCGUGAAGGGGACCAAGCGCUACGGCCGACGCUCCCGUCCCGACAGUAAAUAUGGCGCCGCGCUGACCUGCGACUCGGAGGACUCGCCACCGUCCAGGACCGAGGCCACGGACUCGUCACCGGCCGGCGUCCGCAGAGCCAAACUGAGGCGCUCCACGUCUCUGGAGAGCGUCGAGAGCCUGAAGUCCGAUGAGGAGGCAGGAAAUCUGAGGGACAACAUCCAGCCAGACUUUCAGUCUAAAGCUCCUCAGCAGGAGGAAGUGGAGCAGGGGAUAGUCAGAGGAGGAGGAGGAGGUGCAGGGGUCCAUGUCCUGACUGCAGUUUGUGAUCACCUGGGCCUGCAGCAGCUAAACACAGAGGAGCUUGACUUGCUGCUCAGAAAGUUGGACGCCGACCUGGACGGCAGAGUCAGUAUCAGGGAUUUCCAGAAGGUUCUUUGUGGCUCCACCCCUGUCUCCUGCUCCACCCCAGUACGACCUGCUGACUUGAGGAGGGCGCCACACGGGUCUCAGUCGGUGUUAGAGGAGCGCUCGGCUCGCUCCACCUCGCCCUCCCUGCUGACGGCCACCGUGGGUCAACGAAUCCUCAGCCGGCUGGACGACGGCUCAGGAUGCACCAGCCCCGAGCGGGUCAUCGGCCUCUGGACCGAGGAGGGCAUCAGGAACAGCCGGGACAUCUUACAGACCCUGGACUUCCCUCUGGAGGAGCGUCUCAGUCUGGCCGACCUGACUCUGGCUCUGGACAACGAGCUGCUGGUCGGCGGGAACGGCAUCCACCAGGCGGCGCUCAUCUCCUACAAGAACGAGAUCCAGCACCUGCAGGUAGUGGCGGAACAGGCCUGCAGGGAGCGGGACAAGGUGAAGGCAGACCUGGAUCUGGCCGACCAGAGGAACCUGCAGCUGGUCAGAGAAGUGGACGACCGCCACGCCAGCAUGGAGACGCUGAACCAGAGCAGGAUCAGGGACCUGGAGCAGGACUUCCGUGAUAGGCUGACGGCUCUGCGCAGUCAGUCAGAGCAGGAGAGCGAGGCGCUGCUGCAGCAGGUGGAGAGAGAGCGAGACGCGCUGCAGGAGGAGCUACAGCUGCUCAGAGUGCAGGAGGCGGAGCUUCAGGAGGACCUCUGCAGUGUCACACAGGACAACAGUCGUCUGGAGGAGGAGCUCAGUUCUGUGAAGAUGAAACUGACUGAAGCAGAAAGUUCAGUCAACAAACUGCAGAGAGACCUGGACCAGCUGCUGCACGACAAGUUUGGCAGCUUGGACCCGGCCGGUGCUGGUCUGAGUCACGAGGAGCGAUUCUCUGAAAUCGUCAAAGAGUAUGAACUGCAGUGCAGGGAGCUGCGGGACAGAAAUGAUGAGCUGAGCUCAGAGUUGGAGCUGCUGAAGAGUCAGAGGAGCGACAGGAAGUCCAAGAGACCAGAAGGAGACGCCGCCGCUCUGAACUGGACUGAACAACGGGCCGACAGCACAGAGUCCGACUCUGACGAUUCGGACAUGAAGCGCAGCUCGUCUCCUCUGGUGAGGAAGAAACUACAACCUGUUGAUAAAACUGCUCUGGGGUCUCUGGACAGGGUCUCUGGUCCUGCCGUCAGUAUCCAGACUGAACUGGCUCUGGAGCAGCUGAAGCAGAAACACAACCAGGAGCUGCAGCAGCUGCACAUCCAGCUGGAGACACAGGUGAACUACUAUGAGCGCAGUCUGGAGCUGAUGAGACAGAGCAUGGAGGUGGAGCGUAAAGACAUCUCUCAGGCCUUCAAGCUGGAGAUCAGUGAGCUGGAGGAGCAGAAGGCUCAGGUGGAGCAGCAGGUGAAGCAGCUGAAGGACGCUCUGGACAAACUGCAUAAUCAGAUCCAGCAUGGAGGAGGAGGAGGGUGGAGUAAUGAGCAGGAGCGCAGGGUGCAGCGGGAGCGGGCAGAGCUGGAGCAGAACUUUGCCAGAGAGAUCAGUAACCUGGUCCAGAGGCUGAGCUCUGAGAAGGAGCAGCUGGAGGCCGAGCUGAGGCUGAAGAUGGACCAGGAGGUGAUGCUGGUCAGGGAGGAGUCGGAGCAGCAGCUCGCUCAGAUGAAGCUGCAGCACGCCGACGGUCACCGCCGCCUCCUCCACCAGCUCCAUCGUGAGCGGCAGCGGCUGCAGGAGCAGAGAGGAUUCUGGGAGAACCAGCUGGUCCAAUCAGAGCAGGAGAAGCUGCAGUGUGAGGAGGAGCGGGCCAGAAUCUGCAGCCAGUUCUCCUCAAAGAAGAAGAAAAUGGAGGAGCAGCAGCAGGAGGCGGUCCGUCAGCUGAAGGAGCAGGUCUGCAGGUUACAGGAAGUCGUACAGAGCUCUGCCCUACAGGUCAGCCAAUCAGAGGCCAGCGUAGAGGAGUUCAGGGAGCGCUGUGGUCGGUGUGAGGACGACCUGGAAGCGUCUCGUGGGCGGUGCUCUGAGCUGGAGGACCGGCUGGAGGAGGCCUGCACUCAGCUGGAGGAGAGCAUUGCCUUCCUGGAGUCUCAUGAAGCUCUGAGUCAACGCCUGGCCUCGGAGAGGAGCUUGGUGGAGGAGGAGCUGCAGGUGGUAAAGGUCAGAGAGGAGCAGCUGGAGGUGCAGGUGAAGCAGCUGAGCGAGGAGCUUGGAAACCUCCGCGCUGCGUCCGACAGCAUCCUGCACGACCGGAGCGGCGCCGUCACCCAGCAGGAGGCGCAGCUCGCAGCCAGGGACCAGGCCGUCAGCGCCCUCAGGUCUGAGCUGGAGGACCUGCAGGAGACCCUGAGGACCAGGACCGAGUCCGUCUCCAGACUGACCGCUGAACUGGACUUGCUGAAGACGGACCGCGCCAGGCUGAUUCAGGAUCUGAAGAAGCAGGCGAUGGCAGUCGACGACCUGCAGCUGGAGCUGGAUGGAGUCUCAGAGGAGCUGGACAAGAGGAGGAGCGCUGAGGAGGGUCUGCAGGAGGCUGUGAAGCAGGAGCGGACCAGGACUUCGCAGCUCCGGUCCAGUCUGGACCAGAAGAAGGAAGAGGUCUGUCGUCUGAACCAGGAGAACCAGAGCUACACCCGGCUGGCCGACCAGCUCUCCACCCAGAUUGUGGAGAUGGAGGAGGAGAUCUCCACGCUGAGAGACCACCUCAGAGACCUCAGCUCCCAGCUCAAUGAGACCGCAGACCUGGUCCUAGACCUCCGGAGGCAGCUCAACUCCAGAACCAGCGAGGUGGAUUGGCUUCGGUCCUCCUCUGAGAGGCACAGCGGCGACGUUCAGCAGCUGACUGAUCAGCUGGACCGGGUCCGAGAGCAGGUCCACAGCCUGCAGCGGGCCCUGCAGGACUCCCGGGACCAGCUGAGAACCAGGGAGCAGCACUUUGAGCAGGAGAAGAGGAAGAUGACGCAGCAGCUGAUGGAGCUGGAGACGCUGGUCCUGGCUCUGGAGGACGUGAUGGACCCGGCCAGUCCACACAGGACUCAGCUGGAGGAGGUCCGAUCAGAGAACGGAGGUCUCCAGGAGCGACUAACUGUCCUGCAGCAGGAAGUGCAGAACCUGGAGGAAGACGUCUCCAAGAAGAGGAGGAAACUGGAGGAGAUGGAGAGAGAACACGAGAGGAGCAGAGAAGAAGAAGAGAGGCUGCACAAAGAGAACUCCAAGUAUCGAGAGGAGGUCCUGGAUCUGAGCAGCAGGAACCUGCAGCUGAGCAACGACAACACCGAGCUCAGCACCCGUCUCCGUGGAGAUCAGGAGUCAGCCCGGAUGCUGCGGGAGCGCUUGGUGACCGUUUCCAAGGAGCAGGAGGAGGAGGGGGCUACGGUGCGGCGGCUGCAGGACGCAGCGAUGCAGCAGGACAGAGAGAAGCUGCAGCAGCAGACGGCGUGGACGCAGGAGAGACAGCUGCUGGAGACAGAGCUCAGCUGCUGCAGGGACAAGCUGCAUCGUCUGUCGGAGGUGGAGGCGGAGCUUAGCACGGUGACGCUGAAGCUUCAGUGGCUGGGGGAUGACAAGGCAAAACUACUGAGAGAGGCCGACGAGCGAAACAACAAGGUGGAGAACCUGCAGCAGUGUCUUCUCUCUCUGGAGUCGGAGGCGGAGCUGCUUCGCUCUCAGCUCCACGCCGUCAGUCAGGAGAAACUCAGCCACGCCCAGGAAGUGACUGACCUGCAGAGGAAGCUGCAGGACGCUCACAACAAGGUGGAGGAGCUGGAGAGCGGCGUCAGGAAGCUGAUGAAGGAGAAGGAGGAGCUCUGUCGGGCCCAGGAGGAGCAGGAGGAGCAGGCCUCCAUCACCCUGCAGGAGGAGAUCCGCAGACUGAGAGUCCAGAACCAGGAGCUCCAGAACAAGCUGUUGGAGCUGCAGGUCCAGGGUCUGGAGGUCCACAAACUGACCCAGGAGCAGCAGAACCUGAAGACGGAAGUGAGGGAGCUGGAGACGGCCCGGAUGCAGGCGCAGGACCAGGCGGCGCGGGCCGACACGGCGCUCAGUCUGGUGCAGGCGCAGCACCUGCGGCAGCUGCAGCAGCUGCGGGAGCGGAUGGGGGAGGGACGCAGGGAGGAGGUGGAGCUGCUGCAGGUCCGGCUGGAGGAGGAGCAGAGGAGGAGUCAACAGCUGGAGGAGACGCUGAGGCUCCAUGCCCAGCAGAGCAGCUCUCAGAUCAGCAUCAAGCAGGAUCAGUAUGAGAAGGCCCUGGCCUCCCUGCAGCAGAGGAUGGAGGACCUGGAGACCAAACUGAAGGGGGUCCGGAUGGUCCUGCAGGAGAAAGUGCAGCAGCUCAAAGAGCAGCUGGUGAAGAACAACAAGUCUGCCGCGCUGCUCAAGGAUCUGUACGUGGAGAACUCUCAGCUGAUGAAAGCGCUGCAGGUCACCGAGCAGCGGCAGAAAAACGCAGAGAAGAAGAACUUCCUGUUGGAGGAGAAGGUCGCCGCCCUCAACAAGCUGCUGAGAGAAAUUGUCCCCGCCUCGCUCGCCACGUAGCUGAACAUCCGAUCAGCAGCUGGUCUGAGAUCAGCUUCAAGCCUGUGUGGUUAGCCUAGCUUAGCACAAAGACUGGAAGCAAAGGGAAACUGUUAGCAUAGCCUCCAUAAAAACAGAAUAACAACAACAAACACACACAGAUCUUAGACCUGCUCUGACACACGACACACACUCUGACGUGACGAGAAAAAUCUGAAGUGGCACAAAUAAAACUGAAAAAAAAAACAUUAUUUUGAGGAAAAGGUUCAAAUAUUUCAAGAACAAAGUCAAGACUUUAUGAAAAAAUUAAUUUCAUGAGUAAAAACAAAUUUGGACGUAAAAUUGUUGAAGGAGAACAGCAACAUUUCAAAAUAAAUUCAUAUUUUGAGAGUAAAAUGGAGACGUUUGUUUUGUUGUGUUAAACCACUCAGGGCAAAGGUCACCUGACACCUGUCUGAUGGAAAGUUAUGACUCAUUACGAAAUGUUUUGUUGUAAAAUUAAGACUUGAAAUAUUAUAAUAUUCCCAAAUUACAACUUUAUUCUGAAAAUCUGUUUUCAUGUAAAGAUUUUAUUGAAUUUAAAAAGUUUUUUAACCUUUUUAUUCUCGAAACAUCAGAUUUUUUUUCGAGAACAGUUGUUGGAAACGUUCAGGUGAGAUGUCAAUGACUCCUCACAGGUGGUGGAUGAGCCCCCCCCCCCGAAGCUGCGUCAGAGAAACUGAACACACACACAUACACCUAUGCAUUCCACAGGUGGGCACUACUCUGAAGUAUUUCAGCCAUGAGGGUAUUAUGUUACUUUAUUUUAUAUAUUUUUAUUGUUAUUUUUAAUGUCAAUGUCAAAGUGAGACUUUUAUUUUGGUGAACGGUGGAGUCAGGGGUCAGGAGACAUUUGAGUGUCUGCAAGCAGCUGCUGUCCUGGUUUCAGUCUGUGUUUUUCCCUCAGAGUGAGACCUCCUGCUCCUCCUCUCCUUCCUGUUCAGGUGCCACAAACCAAACUCACCUGUGUGGGCGUCACCUUGUUGAUGUACGAUGAUGAUGAUGAUGAUGAUGUCAUAUGAAAACCAUAUUAAAUUAUGUUUUUAUCUCA